AUGGCGAGGUUCCAGGAGGCUGGGGGUAAGGUGAGCUGGACAGGGCUGCUGGUUCUUGUGCACUUCUCCUACCUGCUGGUCGGUGCCACCAUCUUCCAGAUCCUGGAGCGCGAGGCGGAGAGCAACAACCGCAACCACUUCCAGCUGGAGAAGCUCAACUUCCUGGCCAACUACACCUGCCUGGACGGCCCAGCACUGGAGAAGUUUGUGCAGGUCAUUUUGGAUGCAUGGGAAAAGGGUGUGAAUCCAUCUGGCAACUCAACCAACCCCAGUAACUGGGAUUUCAGCAGUUCCUUCUUUUUUGCUGGCACAGUGGUCACAACUAUAGGCUAUGGUAAUUUGUCCCCGAGCACUGUGUCCGGCCAGGUGUUCUGUGUUUUCUACGCCUUGUGUGGGAUACCCCUCAACCUGGUGUUCCUCAACCAGCUGGGAAAGUGCCUCACCAUCCACCUGGGACGGCUGGAGAGAGGCAUGCUCUCUCUGGUUCCCCAUAAGCAGGUGGUGGAGGUCCUAGCCGUGGGUCUGUUCGUGGCGUCGGGCAGCCUGCUGUUUCUGGUCAUCCCUCCGCUGUUGUUCAGUUACGUGGAGGACUGGUCUUAUGGCGAGGGCUUCUACUACGCCUUCAUCACCCUCAGCACCAUCGGCUUCGGUGAUUACGUCGUGGGGACGGAUCCGGACAAGCACUACAUCACCGUGUACCGGAGCCUGGCCGGGGUGUGGAUCAUCUUUGCCCUGGCGUGGCUGGCCCUGGUCCUCAGCAUCGGCGCCAAGCUGAUGGAGAGCGCCAUCGUGCUGACGCGCCCGGGCCUCAGGAGACCGCCGGGGGGGGUGGAGGACGGGUCCUCCGGCAAACUGGAGGAGGAGCUGGGCCAGAGGGCCUAAGAGCCCAAGAUCUGAUUUAGGUUUUACACGACGACUGUCUCACCGGGAUGGAGAAUGACUGAAACAC